GUAUGAUUUAUAAUUUCAUUCUUUAACUUUUUUGGUCGAUUCGUAUAACAAUAUGCAGUUAUCAGAAAUGAAAAUAUUAUAAUUCAAAUGAACUAUUGGAUCUAACUCGGGUUUCUUUUCUAGUUUAAAUCCUUGAAUUUCAAAUGAUUUUUAAGGGUAGCUCUCUUGAGAAGAGGUCUACCGAAUUCGAAUAGCAGGGGGACAAGGGAGAGGCUUUUAACUCUUGCAUCCUCGACAGGGUAUCCAGUUACCAACAAAAUAAACAAACAAAACAAAACUAGUGCACUUGAUCUUCUUAUUUUAAGCUUAUUACACGUGAGCAAGAACAAAAUAAUAAAAAUAUAUUGUUGUUUGAAGCUUGCUUCUUGAGACUUGAUGCUCUGUUGAAGCGGGAUUUCAAGACGUUUGUCCUUAACAGCUAUGCAAAAUACUCUUAACAGCACGUUUGUGGAAAUUUGAAUUUUACUGAACACAUGAUGACCAUUUGGAUGUUCUCUCGGUGAAAAUAAGUUUUUGCAAUUUCUCAUCGUAAUAGGCUGUUUUACCUCACGCAAAUUUGACAGGAAAAGGCAUACUUUCCCACACCAAAUUAAGUGCUGUAAUGGUUGAUUUGCAUUGUGUAAUAAACCAUUACAGCACUGUUUUCAGUUUUGGUCAACUUCUUGAUGCUUUCUGGAUGCAGUUUUGAAACAUUGUGACAACUGCUCAGUAUAACCUGUAAUGAUCAGAUUUUCUUAAGCAUGGCUAUGAACAUACGUGUGCAGUUUGAUGAAAAAGUUUUGAUAAAACUAUCCUCAAGGGUAGUUUAUGAAAUUGCAAAAAACGAUGUACGCAACUCGGUGCAGAACUCUAUUUUUCCAACACUCGUCGUAAUUAUCCAACUCGGCAAGCCUCGUUGGAUAAAUGUACGACUCGUGCUGUAAACAUCCUCAUUCUGCACCUUGUUGCGUAAACUACUAUUCUGAACAGAUGUCAAGAUUUUUUAAAUCGGUAGAUAUCACAGCGAAACAUUUUUUUUUGUCUCAAAUACAAGCUUAUGUACCGUCCUGUGGGGCUACUUUUGAUAUGCGGGGCAACUCUGGCCACUAAUUAGUUUUACUGCAGUACCAACAUUGGUUUUCCAAAUGAUCCUGGAACUAGGAAUGUUUCCUAAUUAAAUUCCACACACUUAAAAUAAAGUAUCGUGUUCAACUGUUCUAAUUUGGUAAAUGUUCAGAAUACCAAAUGUUCAGCAAAAUAUUACCGAUGCGACGUUUGAAAAAAAACUUACUGAACGUUCAGUAAACUACCGAAUCAUUGGCAAUGUUUACCGUACGUGCGGUAAAAUUUUUCCAAACUUCGGUAAAACUGAGCUUCGGAAAUCUGAAAUUUAACCGGAAAUAGAACCGCUGAACAAUGCAUUAGUCUUCUGGACAUCAAACAUAAUUCACACAGGAAUUAUUCACAAAAGAAUUAUCAUCUACGGAUCACGGUUUUUCACCGCCAGAUUGUUACAUUUCUAAAACAUUGAAUAGGUACAUAAAAGGCAUCACAAAAUGAUUUAACAAAGUAGGUGAAGCAUCAAGAAAUCACGUUUUAAUUUUGCAUGCAAACAUUAGAGGACAAAUCUGAUGAACAAAGCAUCGAUCCAAUCUGCAUUUUUUUAUCCUGGCUUUGCUCACUUAUAAAAAGAGACAUUUGUUUACGAAUUUUUAAGAUUGGUACUCUUGAAAACGUGAGUAGGGAUCCAAGUCGGCCAUCGAGGCAGCCUUAUUAGUAUUUUAAGGCAAAACUGGAAACAUUUCCUCAUUUUUUGGUUUUUGAUUUUUUAAUAAAAACAAAGAAACAAUAAAUCGGUUUUCGUAUGUAUAGGAUCAUGGUAUCUUCUGAUUUUUUUUUUCUCGUGGUGGAAAAUGUUUUCCAUUUAUGCAGAAACCAUUUUUUUUCGAAAUUUUAUUUAAAAAUGGUUUCUGAAGAAACGAAAAAUAUUUUCCACCAGGAAAAAAAAACAGAAGAUACCUUGAUCCAUACUUUACAUGUGUACGAAAACAGAUUUUGAAACUAUUGCUUCGAUAAAAAAUCAAAAAUAAAAAUAUGAGAAAAUGCGUCCAUUUUCACCUUGAUGGAGCAGUUUCCGCAACAGCAUUAUAUUACUGGAUAAGGUCUCAUACUUUUUCGUAUUCAUUAUAUUAAUUACUACAAUAACCGAUAACUAAGUUAUCGAUGGGGAAUGUUUUAUAUUCGUUGUGGGCUUCGUGGCCGUGCGGUUAGCGGCGUCAGUCGUCUAGGCGUUUCGUAAGCCUCGGAGUGUGGGUUCGAUUCCCGCUCCAGUCGGGGAAAACUUUUCGUCGAACGGAAAAUUCUCCAUUGGGCCACUGGGUGUUCAGUGUGUUGUCCGUUGUCUCGUGUAUGUAAUGUUCAGUCUGUGCAGCCUUUGGCUGAAGACGGUGUAGUGUCUUUUUUUUUAUGGAAGUAAUAUCUAGGAAGAUUGGUUUGCAUCUUCUGAUCUGAUUAAUACGGUUAUUUUCAGGUACAAAUUUUGAAAAUUCAUCAAAGCGUCGAUAUUCAUUCAUUUUUCUACAAAAAACACGAAACUUUCAAAUACCGUUUUCUUUGAAUGUGGAAAAAACGGAUUCCUGAAAGAUUUGAUAGAUGUGAUCUUGAGGCUCACAUUGUGUUUCGAUGUUUUAGUGAAUCUUGGUGGAUUCCUUGUGUGGUAGAGUCUCGAUGAAUAUUCGUACACACUUCGCGCGCACCCGAUUGUUCUCGUCUUGUUCACUUUGUUGCGCAUUCCUUCAGUCUCUCUGCUACCAUGCACGCGUGCAGUUCAUAGUCCUCCGCAGCGCGUGUGAUAUUGAUCUUGAUCUUAUUAGGUCGUUACCACAAGAUGGCGACGAGGAUAUAGAAUCCUUGUGAUGUGCAACAUUAUUAAGUGAAAAUAUAGAAGCGAAAAUCAGAAAGAAAUGGUGUGGAGCUGUGCUUGCGUGGGGGGAUGCUGGAAAAGUGAACAAUGUGAUGCUCUGGCGUGAUUAAUCUAAAUGUGAGAAUUUGAAAGGAAGAAAGUGUUCCUUUGAAAAAAAAUAGUUUUCAAAUACUUGUGAACGGCUUGCAGUUGAUGUACGUUAUGCAAACCAAACGGCCCGCCAUGUGAAGGGAAUGAUUUAACCGGCACAGUAAUUUUUGCAUCCGUUUCAUUGUGCAUUGUUUCUGUUGGUGCUGACGGUGAAACUAUCAGCCGUUCAAGGUCACGCUAUUGAAUGGAUGCGAGAAAGCAGGGCGAUAUCUUCUCUGGCUUGAAUGAUGGCAUCCUAAGUAGAGCCGAAGCUCUUGCAGCGGUGGAUAUUGGAAAACAUCAGAGCAGCCACCCACACUCGCAAAUGACAUCGCAGUUGAAGCAUGACGUUAUGUAUCACCACAGCAUGAGCGCUCCACCACAAAGACCGCUACAGAACAAACCGUUUUCUUUCCAGAUGCACCAUACAAUGGACAGUAUCGACAUGUUGGAUCCGUCAGGCUCGAUGACAACAUUGACGCCUAUGUCCGAUGCACCAAUAACUUCCACUCAUCACCAACUUCAUGGAUCGUACCACAGUAUGAACCACAUGAUGGGACAUCACCAUAGUGGUCCGCUAGGUGGCCACACUCCUGACGGGUUCCUAGGAGCGCAUCAUCCCGCCAUGGCAGUAGCUGUUGCAACGGCUGGCUUGCAUCCUGAUACAGAUACUGAUCCACGAGAACUAGAAGCAUUUGCGGAGCGAUUUAAACAGCGGAGGAUAAAAUUAGAAGGUGUAACACAAGCUGAUGUGGGAAAGGCACUUGCGAACCUAAAACUACCUGGAGUUGGAGCGCUAUCACAAAGCACGAUAUGCCGAUUUGAAAGCCUAACGUUAUCUCAUAAUAAUAUGAUUGCACUUAAACCAAUUCUGCAAGCAUGGCUAGAAGAAGCAGAGGCUCAGGCAAAGAACAAACGACGAGACCCAGAUGCGCCAAGUGUUCUGCCAGCAGGAGAGAAGAAAAGAAAAAGGACUUCCAUUGCUGCACCAGAGAAGCGUUCCCUUGAGGCCUACUUUGCCGUCCAACCACGUCCAUCCGGAGAAAAAAUUGCUGCAAUAGCAGAAAAGCUGGACCUUAAGAAAAAUGUCGUCCGUGUCUGGUUCUGCAAUCAACGACAAAAGCAAAAACGCAUGAAAUUUGCAGCUCAGCACUGACCACCGCACCAGAGCUCUCAGUUUAGUGGCUUAGUAAAUAGUGUAGCAUCUUUAGGAAGUAAUGGUGGCGUAACGGGGUUUGGUUAUUAAUAGACGCAAAACAUUUCACUCAUAUGAUGAUAGCAAGGGAACCAAUAAAUUAAAAUAGGCGCCAAAUCUUACCAUUUGUACAUUGAAAUUAUGAAUGCAAAAUAAGGGUGUAGUAUUAAGUAGAUGCUAGUGAUACUCUAAAAGCAAAUGAAAUACGAAAUUGUGAUUUCGGACUUAGAAGCUUCAGUACUAAAGAAAGAUAGAGAACAAUGUACAGUUUGAUAAUUCUAUACUCUGAACUCUUAACUAAUGGUCCGACAAAAAGAACUGAUCAAUUCAAAUAUGUGCAAUUUAUCAUUAAGUUUACUGGAAAGAAACAUAAAAAAUAUUUUGAUGUCAAAAUAUUUCUAUUUCUAUGAAGGAGAGAAAAUAUUUUAGUUUAUUGUAAAUAGUAAAUACAUAAAGGACUGUAUCGAAAAUUAACAAUAAAUGGUCAAAAUGCUCUAUCUCGAAGCACGGUUGGCCUUUUUAUUCCGGCUCUUCUAUGAAAUCUUCACAAUUUAGUUAAAUUUCGAAAUUUGGAAAAUGUUAACUAUUAUUGGAAAUCUGGUUCUAUGAGUAUACCACACAAAAUAACAAUCUGUACCAACGGCUUUUUUAAAUUCUUUUAACGUUUCAAAACGUUUAACGAAUAAAAUUUGUACGGGAAAAAAUCUGGGUAAUUUGUACGGGAAAAAUCUGGUACGGGAAAAACCUUAUUACUAAAUAGCAGUUAUGUAUACAUAACAAAUCACUCAAUACCGACUUUUAAAAUUCUUAUUUUGGAUAGAAAAACUUCCAACAUUUAGAAUAUGGUCUAUCCCAAAAAAACACCUUCUUUUUGGUCGAACUUUGACGCUCUAUUUUAAAUAUCUUCAGAUGUUAUAAAAUUCAGUUCUCUGGUACAACUACCUCUUCAAAAUAUUGAAAUACAUACCUACCCAUUUGAAAAAAAGCAAUUUUCAACUGCGUAAUCGUUUUUCGAAGACGCAUAAAAAAGAGUUCCUCGAAAAAUGGCCUUUAAGAAAUGCGCUAAACUGCGGAGGGAAUUUUUCUUGAUAAAAAUAAUUUUCCUAUAUCAUGAGCAUUCUGGAAAAGAAUAUAUUUGCACAAAAAUAGGAGAAAAAAUUAAAUGUUUUCCCACAGCUUUCGCAAUUUUAAAUUUUUAGGAGGUGUCCAAAAUUUUGAAAAACAUAUGUACAAUCUUUGAGAUAAAAGUCCAAGUUAAAUGGUUAUUUUUUGAAAAUCAGAACUGCCAUUCUAUAUUCAAAAGAUUUUUAUAGUAUAUCCAAAAAUUAAGUUAUGUUUAUUUCGAACAGAUUAUUUUUUAGGCAAUUGGGUUGUUUAGUGAAUAAAAUAUUGAUAUUUUCUAUAGCCUAAUCGAAAAAGUUCUGAGUAUAACGUGAUUUUACUGGAUUUCAAUUCCUUUUUUUUGAUGGUUAAAUUAACAAAACAGUUUUAAGUUUCGUGGAUAGAAUGGCAGUUCAAUCGAUAAAUUGACAGUUCGACCCGAACAAAAAAAAUUCCCCAUACAAACUUUAAAUCAGUAAUAAAUUUUGAAAACGACGUAUAAUCAAUGCUAAACCAUUGAUUAUACGUCGUUUUCAAAAUUUGUUACUGAAAUACAUUUUGAAAAUAGUUCCCGGACUCCAAAAAUUAUGAAAUUUUAGAUUUCGAAUAAUUUGUGGGCGGAGAAUCCGGUUAUGAAAUAAUCUGGAUACCCCUAAAGAACCCAAUUGUGAACGUUUAUGGUUAAUUUCCGGUACAGUCCUUAUGCGAUGCAGAAACAUACAAGCAUCGGUAGAACAUCGAAGUGAUUUAGGUGCUUAGGGCAGUUUAUUAUCUUCUCAAACUGCCAAUGAAAAGCUCUCGUCAACCCUCGAGAACUGCAGAUUUAUUUUAAAUCUGAAUAGAGAAUCUAAAACCUAUUUGUGUUUAUUUUUAGUUGAGAAUUGUUCAGCCAAUAUCACAAGAUCUGUCGUACACGAUGUAUUACGCCCACAGAGAACAGACAUUCAUCUUUUGAAUACCGGUUGUGUAAAGCUUUUACUGGCUUUUACUUCAAUGACGAAUUACGAUUUAUUUUGGCCUUUCGUAAAAUCUUCGCCUAAUGAAAAACCAUACCAAGCACGUGUAGAGAGAAGUUUCCUACCAAAGGUGGUUUCCCUCUAGUAAGAUCCUCCUGAAACCUCGGUCUUUCCAGAUUUGGAUACAACCUGUUGAAAAACCAGGCAUGCUAUCGGCGAACGUCCAAACAGAUACCUGUACUGUGAUCUUAAGUACCAUGUGCAAAUGUCACUUAUCUCCAUAGCGACGUUUUGACUAUUAUCGUCGCACCACCAAAUCGAAGUCGUCACUGCGAAGUAAAUUUGAAUCUAUUUUUUCUGUUGCGCAUCAUUACCCAAGUAACCAUUAAGCCGUAAAAAUGGCAUUAAGUCGGCUCUAUAGUCGAAUGUAGAACCUGGCUAACAGAGCUAAUUGGUUCUAUAUCCUCUUAUAGAGCUGCUCAAAAGCCACUUUUGGCGAAUUAUUCGGCUGAUAUACGGCCAACUUUAAAAUACCGUACCAAGUCUCUGGAGCGAAAGUUGUCAAAAGUGAGACAAAGAAAAAAGAAAAAAAAAAUUGUUUAUCUCCUGUUCUUUUCUAACUUCCUUCGCUUCCAUUGAAGUUGC